AUGGCGUGGGAUCUUUGGAGUUCAACGCAUGAUGAAGCUGUGCGCAACAGUAAUGACUCGGAGCAUCUUGGAAGACAAUAUGAUUUUUACUUCGACUGCGAGCAUGAUAUAAUGGAAGAACGAGCCUUGAAUGAGAAGUCUUGCAUUCAGGUUUUAAAAAAUUUGAUAACAAAGGAGGAUGCUGAAAUUGAAGAACUUGAAAAAGAUCUCUCAUCGCUGCAGAAUGAAUUAAUCUGGGCCGAACAUAAAAAUUGGCCUGAAAUAUGUUGUAACGCUUUGACUGAGAAAAUCAAUUGGCUUGAUGUCUCUCUAAGGAGUUUGAAGAAUGAUCAUCCUGAUAGUGAUAGAAUUCAGCUACUAUUACGAAAUGAACCUGCUGGGACACUUGAUGAAAUAUUAAUGGGUACACUAGGAGACUACUGUCAAGAUAAUUGCGGCCAGGUCAUGAUAGCAACUAAUGAUUUGAAGUUGAGCCUUGUUAUCUUUGUCAAUGAUCAGAAGUCAAAUGUUGAUAUUGGAUUGCUGCGUUUAAUCUCUGUGACUGGAUUUUCCUUGUAUUUCUCACUUAGUGGACCCGCAAUAGACCCUGACAUUGGUUAUUCUUUUAAGGAACCGCUUGCUAAAAUUGUUUGGAGAAGUGCUGAUUUUGGGGCUAUUAGGAGUGUAGUUAGUCCUUCUAACGGAAUGAAUUUACUGGGAACAUCCGAUUCAAAAGUUUUAGUGAAUGGGGAAGUCAGAAGAAGCCAACUUGUAACUAUAGACGAAGGUCAAAUCUUGAAUUCUGUUUCUUCCAAGGGCAAGGAAAUUGUUCUGAAAGAAAUCAAGCAAGAAGGUGAAACUGUCAAAGAUGUCAGUGCAGAUGUGCUUCUUGAUUCUAAUUUUUGUGCCUCCCAACGAGUGAAAAGUGAAAGUUCUAAUUUUGACAAAAUGCAACGUGGUUUUGCUCCAAAAACUGCACAAAGAGAUAGCGAGAAAGAAAUGAAGGAUGCUUCAACUCAAGAUUGUGAGGGAAUAAAUCCUCUUCAAGUUGAUGGUGCUCAAAAAUUGUGUCUUGCUGCUCCUGAAUCAUGGAACCGUAAAAGUUUGCCGCAUGUAAUGAAGUUUCAGAGUGCUAGCCUUGUCAAUGCUAAAAGUUCUGGUUUGAGUUCAAUGUUAGAGUUGCAAACCAAAAGUGCCCUAUUUACUGGGCCUCAGCUGACUGACAAAGCGAAAUCACAAGCGCUAUGCCUUAAGCCUGAACCUACUGUUGACCCCAGGAAGCCCAUUGCGAGUAAACCGGGUGAAAAUCAUGUGGAACUUAUUCCAAAUUCAUCCUUGAAAGUUACAUGCAAGAGGCCACGCAAGUCAAGAGCUGGCAAUGAUGGUGCCAAGUUAAUUGAUUCGCUGAGCGGUAAGGUUGCUAAAAGAUCAAUGCAGCUGGAACAGCACAUAACUGAAUAUGCUGUUGUUCCUUAUGACAGCAAAUUUUCAGAGUUGCAAAAGAAAAGAGUUGUUUGCAAGUCGACAGUCACUGCAGGUACACAAAAUUCACUUGUUACCAUCGAUUCAACAAAAUCAAAUGCGGUUGUCAUGGUCAAUGGAAACCAUGAAGAUCCUCAGAAUAGCUUGUCCUGCUCCUCAGUCGAUUCUCAUAAUAGGACUUCAGCUUUGAGGCCUGCGGGCUUGAAAAACUUGACAUUGAACAAUUUGAGGGUCAUUGCAAAGCAGCACAACGUGAAAAAAUAUUACAGAAUGGCAAAAGGACCUUUGUUGGAACAAUUAACUCGUAUACUCGGUGGCUGGUAA